AUGCAAGUUAAAAAUAGCUCAAAUACGGUAGCUUGGACAACAGACAUUAUUGCUGACGCUGUUGGAAUUCACCAGCCAAUCAAAAAGGUGGAUGAUGGCAUCUAUAAUGCCAACAUUGAUCAAACUGAAAAAUAUACUUUUGCAAAGCCAAUUCGUAAAGUGGCUAUUGUUGGUGCCGGACCUGCUGGCCUUCCUACUGCAAAGCUACUUUUGGACGAAGGAUUAGAAGUCAAAAUAUACGAGAGAAAUUCGGCUCCAGGUGGAACUUGGAUCUACCAUGAAGAACAACCUAUCUGUCCCGAGUUUCCGUCAGUUAUCCCAACCAAAAUUACCAAACCUAUUAAUAGCAACCAAGUUCAAGAGGAAUUGCUUCGUCUGAACCCACCAACUCCAUGCUACCGUUCAUUGAGAAACAAUGUUCCUACACCUCUACUCAAAUACAAGGACCUUGAAUGGAAAAAGGAGACACCAUGGUUUACUACUCAUGACAAAAUUUUGGAAUAUCUGCAAGACUAUGCUUCUGCUUUCAAGUUGGAUCAAGUAACAGAGUUCAAUACAUCUGUUGAGAAACUAGAGGAACUGCCAAAUCAGGAAGGAUGGGAUGUGAUUACAAAGCACUUUAAAUACUCUCAAGAUAAAAGUAUGGUUGAGGUUGGAUGGAAACAAGAGAAAUUCGAUGCAGUUGUUGUGGCUACUGGACAUUACCAUGCACCCUAUAUUCCUGAAUUUCCCGGCUUAGCUGAUUGGCGUCACAAAUGGCCAAAUAAUGUCUUUCAUUCAAAGCAAUACCGUGUUCCUGAACAUUUUAAGGGCAAGUCUGUACUGCUUAUUGGUAGCGGAGUUUCUGCCAUUGACAUUGCAAGAGAUAUUGAUAACCAAGCCAAAACAAUCUAUAAUUCCGUAAGAGAAAGUGAUCACAAGUUUGAUGAGAAAUAUUCCAAAAUACGACAAGAGUUUUCCAAGUUUGUUCCCAAGCAUGUUCAAAAAGUAGGCGAUAUCAAGCAAUUCCACACCAUUCACCAGACGAAUCGAAUUCAAGAUGGAAUCGUCGAACUGAAAGAUGGUACCAAGCUUACAAAUCUCGACUACAUUAUUGUCUGCACUGGCUAUGUCUUUAACUUUCAUUUCCUGGAGCAUUUGCAUUCAGACAACUAUGUCAAUGCCAAUAGACAUACGGCAGUAGACGACAGCCAUGUACUGGUUAAGGACGGCUCUCAAGUAUUUAAUUUGCACAAGGAUAUUUUUUAUAUACCCAAUCCUACACUCAGCUUUGUGGGUAUUCCAUUUCACAUUGCCACUUUCUCCUUCUUUGAAUUUCAAUCGUAUGCUGUUGCUCGGGUAUACUCAGGAUCUGCUCAAUUACCUUCACAAGGCGCUAUGAGAGCUGAAUGGAACGAGAGAGAGAAGAGGAAAGGUUCUGGUCGAGAGUUUCAUGCACUAGGCUCCGCUUUGGAAAAAGCUUAUAUCAAAGACAUUAUUAUUUGGGUCAAUAAAGAUGCUGAAGGUCAACACAAAAGAAUUGUCGAGGAACAUAGCGAUGGAUGGAAUGAAAUUCGAAGCCAAAGCUUGAUAGCUCUAAAGAAAGCAUUGAACAUAAGCGAUUAA